AUGGGCAAGAAACAAAAAACCAGCCAUGAGCCGCACUCGCCGCUUUUUUUGAUGCUCGUGAGGCAUUUUGCACUGGGCAAGCUGUCUGCUUCAGAAAUUCAGGAGUUUGCAGACUGUGCGGUGAAAUCUGGAAGCUCAGCAGAAGACUUGCUGAAACUGCAGGCCUUAGGAGCCCAUGGUGAAUCGCCACAGAACUGCCACAGAGACAUUUCCAGGUGGAUCUUCAAGAACAUGUGCUCCCCAGAAAGCACCAGCAUCAGAACACCUGUUCUGGUCAGGGAGUUGAAUGGUGAGAAGAAGAUGAUGGAGAAGGACAUCCCUGUGAACUUGCCCCAUGCCUGGAUCGACCAGCUCUCUGAGCAUGGGUUUUUGGAAACAGUCAUGGCUCCCGAAGCAGAAAUCCGGAAAUUCUGGAGCAAGCAGCUCUGGAAAGAAAACCCUCAGUUCCGCCAGGAUACAAAGUACUGGAAGGCCAUAGAUUUCCAGGCAGAGGCCCCUAUCCCACUCGUGCUUCACGGAGACGCAGCUCCAUAUUCGGAGACUGACUCCACGAUGGCAAUAUCGAUGCGAUGCAUGGUGAGCAAUGUGAGUGUGCAGUUUUCGCAGCUUAUGCUGGUGAACAUGCCGAAGAACGCCACUGAGGACUGGGACAGAACUUGGGACCCAAUCUGGAAGGAACUGUCGGAGUCCUUCAAGAAGCUCGACCUGAGGCAGCACCACCUCUGGAGUGUUCCGGGGGUCGGCUUCUGGACGGUCAAACUGGAUCUGUUGCAUUUGAUGGAUCUUGGCAUUUCUUGCCACAUCUUUGCAAACCUGCUGUGCGACAUUUUGGAUACACUGCCAGGGAGCAGCUUGGAGGCCAGGUUGAAAGUCUUGAACCCGAAAAUUUCGCAGAUAUAUGAAGACCUGGAGAUACCGACGGCUGAACGGUUUCCGAAAUUGCUGCGAAGCAAUUUGAUGGCAGACACUGGAUACCCGACUUUGAAGCACAUCAAAGGCAGGACUGUUCGGAAGUUUUCGCCAGUAGCUGUACGGUUGGCCACGGAAUAUAGUGAUGACUCGUCUACGAGAUCUAUGCACAGAAAAGCUUGUGUGGAGUGUUUGGACAAAGUGUACAGCAUGGCAGAUGAGAAGAAAUGGGUUUUUUCUUCAAAGGAUUUCACAGUUUUCGAAGAUGCAGUGCAAGGAACAUUGUCCCACUAUCAUUUCCUGGCGAAAGAUGCAUUGAAGAGGAAGCUUCUGAAAUACAGCAUCACCCAGAAGUUCCACCUCUUUUACCACUUCGGGCAGCAGUCAAAAUAUCUGACGCCGAGAUGUGUUUGGUGCUAUGGCCCUGAGUCGUACCUGGCGAUUGUGAAAGCUGUGACUGCAAGCUGCUCUCGUGGAACUGCCAGCUACCAGGUUGUGGGAAAGGUGCUUCAAAAGUUUAGCCUGGCUUUUCACUUGCUCUUAAAGGGCUUGUUGGACUUCGACACUGAGAAGCCGGAGGACUAA